GCAUUCAGACAGCCGACGAUUGUUGAACCCGAUAGACGUGCGCGCACAUUUGUUGGCUCGAUCGGCGAGCUUUAUUCGUUCUCUUGCUUGUUUUAUGUCGAUUUCGCGUUCAAAGCGUGUGAUCCACGCCAAAAUUUGUGUUGUGUUUUAAUUGUGUGACGCAGUUUUUAGCAUCGGUUCUUGGGGAACACCGCUUAGUGUCAGCAUAAAAAUAUAUACAUAUGUAUGUAUGUACAUACAUACAUGUAAAAAGAAAGUGCCUCCAAAAAGGAGUUGAUUGAAAGUUGUAUAAUAACCCUGAAGGAGCUGCUGGAAAAGCCCAAAAAUAAAACCCCCUGUGAAGUGAACGUCGUCUUGUGAGAGUGAAAUCAUAAAUUAAUCAAAACCAAAGCAUUGUUACAACACAAACGAUUUUCGACUCGGAUUCUCUUCUUUUUUUGGCGGAGAGGGAAAAAGUCAAGAAAAAGUAAGAGGAAGAGGAAGCCAACAACAAAAUGUGCCGCUGCUGUCAAAACUGUUGGGAAGAUUUCUACUGGAAUUGCUUCGAGGAGCGUUUUUGCUACGAUGAAUCGAUCGCCAAUUACAAUCCCGAGGAGGACGAGGACUAUUUGGCAUCCCGAAAAAAUGGCCAGAUUAUCGGACGCAUUCAGCCGUCAUCGGCGGAUAAUAAUAAUUCGCUCACGGUGCCCCAGCCGAUUUGCGAUCAGCCGCAAAUGAGGCAGGGCAACUCGAGCUUGGGCCUGAGCCUAAUGAGCGCCAAGAUCCACGAGGAGGACUAUCGUCGGGAGACUCAGAUCAAUGUGCCCAAUUUGGGACCGGAAAUUUUGGCGGUGUUUGCCAACUCGCAGAUCUUCCAGGACCAUCAGCCCACCAAGCUGAACCGGAUUAGCACAAAGACCUAUCUGGCCGGGAUCCACACGCCGAAUCGUGAGAUGCCAACCACACCGCGUCUCAGUGAUCAGGAGCGAUUGCUGCGGCGUUUGGAAGGCGAUGCACCGGAUUCGAAAUCUGGAUCCCCAGAGAAACGGAUCACGUUCACCCUGGCGCCGAGUUCCGCCGAAUGUUCGCCCACCGGCAGCCAGACGACACUCAGUCCCAAGAAGUUCGAGGCCAUUGCCGAGGAGGAGAAGGAAGACGAGAAGGCCGACGACGACGAGCGGGAGGAGGAGGAGGUUGUGGAGGAGGUGGUGUUGCGACCUCGCCUCAUCGACCGUCAUCCCCACCUGUUGGCCAAUCCCAGUGGGCUGACCACCACGCCCAAACGGAUACUGCGAUCCGCCAAAAGCGUUCCGCACAUGAAUGUACGAUCGUCGGCCAGCGAAACGGAUAUAUUCUCCAUUAGCGGUACGAUGACCGGCAGCAGUCAGAUCAGCAUGACACCCGAGGUGCCCUCGAUAUCGUUUAGCAAUCUGCCCAAGAAUUACGAGGACACGCCCACCAUCGAGAAGUACAGGGUGUCGCAGAGUCUCUACUCCAUUCAGACGGCAAAUGCAGCACGGGCCACCCAAGAUGAUUACUCCAUGCCUCGCUAUUUCCGCCGCUCUGCCAUGCUAUUGACCCAGAGUUCGGAGGUUCUGCCUGGUGCCAGCUCCUUGGCCUCCAUGUCACCCUCGAUGGCCUCUUCGUCUGCCUCGCCAGGAUCUUCGAAGGACGAACUACGACGACCCGAGAAAGAGAAGAGCAAGCGACUCCAGAUGCUGCGCGGAAAUCUACCGCCCCUGCUCAUACAUUCCGUGUCCUUCAAACGCAAUCGCGACGAGGGCAAGCAGGUGGGCUAGUUUGGUGCUCCCCAGAAUAUCAUUUUUGUUAGCCACUUUGUCCAUGUUUUAACUGUUUAAAAUGACUUAGCCUGUAGUAACUGCUUAAGCGUUUUCUGUAUUACCUUCUAAGCGAAGACCUUGUCCAACCCACUCACUCAGUAUUCGGAUGUACUUCAUUUUGCGUUUAUGAUUGAUAUUACAAAAUAAAUUGUAUUUUACCCCAAAA